AUAUCUUACCCUUCAUAUAUCAAGAAACACUAAAGUUAAGCCUUAUAAUUUUUAAGCUCCAGCUAGGACAUCCGAAUACAUCUGUCGACGUCUACACAAACACAGUUGUUGCAACAUCUGAACACCUGUGCCUACACGAUGCCAGAAGUAAUAUCUUCGCCACCGCUGACUGAACCUAGUCGCCAAAAAGUAAAAGAAAUGAGUACAGAAUGUCCUCCCAUACAAAAGCUCCCCACAGAGGGCAAGCAAGCAGAGCGACUGGCCACCCUCCAGGAAAAGUUCAAAGAAAAGUAUACUAAGACACCAGAUUUCUUUGCUAGAGCACCAGGGAGGGUGAAUCUAAUUGGAGAACAUGUAGACUACUGUGGCUAUGCUGUGUUUCCUAUGGCCAUUGAGCAAGACAUCCUUGUAGCUGUCUCAACCAACUCUGCUGGGACUCUUAGACUCAGCAAUAUAGAAGAUUCUUAUCCUUCUCAUUCAAGUGACAUCAACAAAAUUGAGAUUCAGAAGGAGAGGCCUGCAUGGUUCAACUAUGUGCUGUGUGCUAUAAAAGGCAUUGCAGAAGAGGGAGGAAUGGAGGGACCUCUGAAAGGUCUAGAUAUGAUGGUCAGUGGGAACAUCCCCCCUUCUUCAGGCCUGUCUUCAUCAUCGGCCCUUGUGUGCGCUGCAGCCCUGGCCGUAUCACAUGCACAUGAUCUGCUUUUGUCAAAGGAGGCACUGGCUGAGAUAUGUGCCAGCUGUGAGCGACAUGUUGGGACUCAGGGAGGAGGAAUGGAUCAAGCUAUAUCAUUUUUGGGCACUUCAGGCACUGCCAGAGUCAUAGAAUUCAACCCAUUAAGGUCCACACCAGUGACAUUACCUCCAGGUGCCACUUUUGUUGUGGCCAAUUGCCUCGCUCCUAUGAAUAAGGCUGCUACAUCGCAUUACAACUGUAGGGUUAUGGAGUGUCGGCUUGCAUGUCAGAUCAUGGCAAAGAAAGCAGGUUUGGUAUGGAAAGAAUACCGUCGACUGGGUGACUUGCAAAAGGUACUGGGAAAAUCUCUUCCAGAGAUGUUGACCCUCAUCUCUGAUACCUUUGAGCCCAGACCAUACAGCAAGGAAGAGAUCUGUGAACUGCUCAAAACUACACCAACUGCCUUAGACAAAACUACCCUGAGUGAAAAUACCAGACUCAUCCAGCACUUCAAACUACAUGACCGAGCUCAACACGUUUUUUCUGAGGCUCACCGUGUAUGGGAAUUUAAGAGAAUUUGUGAAGGGGAGAGUGAAACAGCUCUCGCAGACUUGGGCAGGCUGAUGCAGGAUUCCCACAGGUCAACAAAGCUAUUGUAUGAAUGUUCACAUCCCAAGCUGGAUGCCCUCGUGGAGCUCUCACAGGGAAUGUCCCUUGGGGCUCGUCUUACAGGAGCAGGGUGGGGUGGAUGUAUGGUUGCCCUGGUGAAGGAAGACGAGGUAGAGAAUUACAAGGCAAAGCUGGUGGAAGAGUUCUACAGCCAGGAACCUGAUGCUCAAGGGAGAGACAUAGGCACCAUUCUUUUUAGCUCUCAGCCUGGUUCAGGGGCCUGCAUUUAUAAGUAAUGCACAGUACCAUUUAAAGAAAGGAUGUGCAGAAUAUAGCAACGCAUGAUUGCUACACAUUGUUGUUUAACAGAGGCUAAAUUUGCUAUUAUAUGAUUUUUCAGAAUUAUUAUUUUUUUCUUCUGAGUUGUAUUUGGAAGUAUUAUGUGCUUGUUUGUUUUAUAACUAAGACAUGUUGACAUUUCAUACUAUAUUUUAAAACUAUAUAUUUAUAGUAUUACUAUAUAUAUAUAUAUAUAUAUAUAUAUAUAUAUAUAUAUUUAUAUAUUUAUAUAUUUAUAUAUUUAUAUAUUUAUAUAUUUAUAUAUUUAUAUAUUUAUAUAUAUCAAAGAAGCUUGUGAGAAGAUAAUAGCAGCAAGUCCUAAAUCAUGAUUGUUUGAAUUUGACUCAAGAAAAUUAUUGGAUUAUUUGAUUCCUAGUUGUAAUAAUAUUUUCCAAAUUUUGAUUAUCUGCCCUGCAUUUACAUCAUCUGAUUUACUUUGUGCUUUGGAUAUAUGAAUUGUGUUAUCUUCUAUAGUAUAUGAAAUAGGUAUUGUUUGCACUUGAAGUAAUCAUAGAUUUUCUAAUAUUAAUUUUGCUCAUGUAUUUAUUGAAGUUGUGAUUUAAGUAAUUAGGUUUAUGUCAAGAAGUACAAUAUAUAGGUUUCCUCAUUUUAUAUGGCACAGUAUAUGUAGAGAGAUGAGUCAUCAAGCAUUCUAAAGUCCUGUGAUUAUUACCAUACAUACUAGUUAAUACUAUUUUUUUUGCAGUAUAUUUACAAAUAUUCUAUAUUAAUAUCUAUAUUUAUGUAUGACUUUAACCCACUGUCACCAGGAAAAUGUGUUCCCUGUAGUAUUGUUUAUUGAAAUGUCUCUGCACAUAUGUGGCUAUACAGGUGCUUAGCCACAAAGGAGUCAAUUAGUAGACCUAGUGACCUCAUUUGGUUUCACCUUUCACCUUUCAUUUAUCUUUUACUAUUGCUAUCAAUAUCAGUGCUUAUUAUUUAUCAUAGACAUAAUAAUUAUUAUAAUGUUAUUGACAUUACUAACUACAAUAUAAAAUACCAGAAAAUAUUUCCAAAAAUCAAGGAAAAUUGCACACAGGCAAAAUAGGUAGUACUUUAAUUGACUCUUUGCUGACUUUGUACUUGUGGAGCCAUCUAUGUGUAAAGACCUCUAAUAAUAUACAUUCACAGUGAGCAUGGCAUGUACUUACAUGCCAUCCCUGGUGGCUUCAGGGUAAUGAAGUAUGAACAUCUGUCACAGAGCUGGUGCUGUUUCACUUUUGUUUCUUUUUUUUUCCCAAUAUAAUUUUGAAUAUACCACUUAAGUUACCAAAAAUGAACUAAUUUACAAUGUUGCUCAUACUGCUUUAUUGCUAUGGAAACUGGUCCUUCCCAUUGACUGAUCAUGGCAAUAUGCUGGAUGCAGGAAUGGUCCUGGAUAGCCUAUUGCCUUAGAGGUGUUCUUGAUCAGAGGAAGAUUUCAGAUCAUUAUUUCUGAGAUUGUGUUUUCCCAGGGUAUAGGAGCCAGCAAUCCCUCUGGAUUCCUUAGUUCUUUUCUCAAGAGUCAGAGAGUUAAGGAAAAUUAUUGUUAUGAAAUUCAUUGUUAUUAACUAGAUUCUGUAACACUGGUGCAGUUCAUGACACUAAACCAAAAUGGAGUGCCUUGUAUGGGAGGCACAGUGUGCAUUACAUGUAAGUGUUAGAUCAUAGAUAUAUUAUUUACCUCUUUAUUGUGCAUUAAAUCCUUUUAACUCAAGUGCAUUGUGCCAAAGUAUUUUUAUGAUUGGUUGUAUACCAGUUAAUUAUUUAAUGAAUUUCUUCCUUCUAAAAAGGAUUCUAGAGUGAGCAUUGUAGCAGUCUAGUUAUUGCUGAAUUUUGAUACCUCUUCAUAUAACUAAUUGUGCAAUAUAUAAUGGUACCUUUGAUAACAAGGAAAGUGUUAAUUAUUUCCAUAAUUUAUUUAAUGUAUUGAUUAAAAAAAUAAAAUAAAAGGUGUGUUUCCAA